GCGGGGAGGGGGGGUGUUACGCACGCACGCACGCAGGCAGCGUCACUCCGUUGCCGACCAUGGCGGAAUGUGGUCGCGCUGACAGCAGCUCGACAACGCACACGAUGGACAAGAGCAUCACGCUGCCGCCGGACGAGAUCUUCCGCAACCUGGAGAACGCCAAGCGCUUCGCGAUAGACAUAGGUGGGUCUCUAACUAAACUCGCCUACUACUCAACUGUGCAGCACAAAGUGGCCAAAGUCAGAUCCUUCGAGCAGAAUGCAGAGGCUGCCGGCGACAAGCUGUACGAGAUCUCUGAGCAGGAGGAGGUGACCGCGCGUCUGCACUUCAUCAAGUUCGAGAACGCGUACAUCGAAACGUGCCUGGACUUCAUCAGAGACCACCUGGUCAACACGGGCACCAAAGUCAUCAAGGCCACCGGCGGAGGAGCGCACAAGUUCAAGGAGCUCAUCGAGAGGAAGCUCGGACUCAAAGUGGACAAAGAGGACGAGAUGACCUGUCUCAUCAGGGGCUGUAACUUCGUGCUGAGGAACAUUCCCCACGAGGCGUUCGUGUACGCCAAGCACGCCGACUCGGAGUUCCGCUUCCAGACCACGCAUCCCGACAUCUUCCCGUACCUGCUCGUCAACAUCGGCUCCGGCGUCUCCAUCGUCAAGGUGGAGUCAGAGGACAAGUUUGAGCGAAUCGGAGGAAGCUCGAUAGGCGGAGGGACGUUCUGGGGCCUCGGAGCUUUGCUCACCAAAACAAAGAGAUUUGACGAGUUGCUCCAGUUGGCCUCGAAGGGUCAACACGCGAGCGUGGACAUGCUGGUCAGAGACAUCUACGGAGGAUCGUACGGCUCUCUGGGUCUGACCGGAGAUCUCAUCGCCAGCAGCUUCGGGAAAUCUGCCACCGCCGACAAAGGGUUUUCUAAAGAGGACAUGGCCAAGAGUUUGCUCCACAUGAUCAGCAACGACAUCGGGCAGCUGGCCUGUCUGUACGCCAAGCUCCACAACCUGUCCCGAGUUUACUUCGGAGGCUUCUUCAUCCGAGGUCACCCGGUCACCAUGCACACCAUCACCUACAGCAUCAACUUCUUCACCAAGGGGGAAGUUCAGGCCUUGUUCCUGAGACAUGAAGGAUACCUCGGAGCCAUCGGAGCGUUUCUUAAAGGAGCAGAGGAAGAUAAUCCAAACCAGUACAGUUGGGGGGAGAAUUAUGCCGGAAGCUCCGGCCUGAUGAGCGUUUCUCCAGAAAUGAAUCCGAUGCAGCGAGCUCGCAGUGGAACGUUUGCUUUUGACAUGUUGGAGAUGGAUCGUCUGGAGCGGCAGCUGGUGAAUCUGCCUCUGCUGCAGGACCCGUCCUCCUACAUCCCCGACACCAUGGACCUGACGGAGGACGCGCUGGCCCGCGAGUACUGGCUCUCCUGCUUCGAGGAGGCGCUGGACGGGGUGGUGAAGCGAGCCGUGGCGAGCCAGCCCGACAUUCCCGAGGCCAUCGAGCGAUCCGAGAAGUUCCGUCAGAAAUACAGACACAAGCUUCAGACCCUUCGCCAGCAGCCAUUUGCGUACGGAUCCCUCACUGUCAGAAGUCUGUUAGACACCAGGGAACACUGUUUAAACGAGUUCAACUUCCCUGACCCCUACUCCAAGAUCAAACAGAGGGAGAACGACAUGGCCCUCAGGUAUUACCAGAAGGCCGUGAAGUCCCUGGAGCAGCUGAGCUGGGAGCAGAGGCAGUUCGCCCUGGUGCGGGGCGUCCUGGCCGGGAACGUGUUCGACUGGGGAGCCAAGGCCGUGUCGGACGUCCUGGAAUCUGAUCCAGAGUUCGGCUUUGAUGAGGCGAAGCGACAGCUGGAAGAGCGACCGUGGCUCGUUGAUUCCUACGACCAGUGGCUGCAGAGACUAAAGGGUCCUCCUCACAAGUGUGCCUUGUUUUUCGUAGAUAACAGCGGAGUGGACAUCAUCCUCGGGGUGAUGCCGUUUGUCCGAGAGCUUCUCUCUCGGGGAACAGAGGUGGUGUUGGCCAGUAACUCUGGUCCGGCGCUAAACGACGUAACCAACGGAGAACUACAAAUACUGACAGAGAGAAUCGCUGCGAUGGAUCCGGUGAUUCAGGCCGGUCUGAGGGACGACAGGUUGACGCUGGUCCAGAGCGGCUCCAGUUCUCCUUGUCUUGAUCUGAGCCGUCUGGACAAAGUUCUGGCGAUGGUGGUGCGCGAGCGUCAGACGGACCUGGUGAUCAUCGAGGGGAUGGGCCGAGCGCUUCACACCAACUACUACGCCCGGCUGAGCUGCGAGAGCCUCAAGACGGCCGUCAUCAAGAACUCGUGGCUCGCCGAGCGGCUCGGAGGGAAACUGUUCAGCGUCGUCUUCAAGUACGAGGUGCCGCCCGGGAAACCGAGUCAGGAGGACUCCUCGGCGCCGUCGACGCCCUCGUGAGCCGGACGGCGCUCUGCGCUUUCAGCAGGACACGACGACGACGCGACUUGGAGGUCGAGCGACCGGCGGCGACCAGCCGGAGCUAUGAAUGUAUGGACGCCGGUCUUGUGCUGGACGGUUUUUAAAAAGACGAUCGUUCACAGGGAGGUUUUUACAUUUUUGUUGAUUUUAGUGCAGGUUUCAUUUCAUAAAAAGAAUCAUUGUUGCUUUCUGUACAAUCACUUAGUUCCUGUGUGUGUGUGUGUGUGUGUGUGUGUGUGUGAGAGAGUGAGUGCGAGCGAGCGAGCUUUUAGCGGCAACACAUUUUUCAUAAAGUCUAAUUAACGUGCCUUGAGUUUGAUGCGAUAAAAGCGUCAUUUACUGCUUUGAAUUCCCGUUGAGCUGCACAACGAUUCACACGUCUGCUUGAGUUUUCCCACCAGCCGUCGACGAGGAAACAUCCACAGAUUCCAGACGGAUUUAUCUCCGUCACUCCCCGGGGGGAAACGUGGUUCAGUGGGAGAAGCUGCACUUUAUUUAUCACUGUUAGAUUCAAGAGGCGUGUUCCUCGUGUUCCUCCACCAGGGGGCGGUGUUCUACUGUGUUGUAACACAUUUCCCAAAUCGUUCCUACAAUGUGUAAAUCAGAUGCUGCGUAUUUCAGGUUCAAUAUAAUAUAUUAACUGUCUCAGAUCAGAGUCGUCGCCGAGCUGCAUCAGGCUAAACGCACAGUAAUUAUUCAUGUACAGUUACACACGUUAACAUGUACAGUUACUGACUAAUUAACAUGUACAGUAACACACUUUCAACCCAUCAUGAGGCAAUAAAUCCUGUCACUCGGCCUGAGGCCGAAGAGGCAGAUUUAAAAAAAAAAAAAUCUGAAAUCGUGGAUUAGAUUUGAAAAGUCUUGAUUUGGUGUGAAAACAUUUUCAGUUUGCUCGACAUGUGGAUUCACAUUGCAAUACUGUAGUUAACUGUACAUAUAUAUGUGACAUAUACAUGCAUACUUGUACAUAAAUAUGUAUGUAUAUAAAUAUAUAUAAAUAAUCCAUUUGCAUCACUUCACCAAGCACAAUUUUAUGGACAAUCAGUUUUAAUUAAACGGUUAAAACCUG